CACCAUCCUUCUCCACAACCACACAAUAAUGAACACAAGAGCGAUGUUUGCCCUCCAGAACGUGCGCGUAGCGCCUACGCUCACCAGAACCUUGGUUCACUUGCACAGCGGCAAGAGAGUCGCGGGUCUCAAGAGAAACCCGUCCGAGUACCUUAAGGUCGGUGGCUACGAAUACGGCGUCCAAGCGGAAAACCUCCAGUUUGUGAAGGCCUUCUUGGCCCCGUAUGCGCUUCCAGACGAGGUUGUGCUCCAGGUGUUGACCCAUAAAUCGUUUGCUCACGGUAACAAACCGUAUAACGACAAGCUCGCCUACAUCGGCUCGCGCUUCCUCAACAACUUUCUCAGCAUCCGCGAGGCGUCUACCUCCUCCACCAACGCACACGCCGUAAACGGUCUCAACUUUGACGUGUUGGGCUCCCCAAUUGACAAGUCGCUCGCCAGUCCUGCCACCCGCUACUUGUUUGCCAAGGCGCACAACUUGAACAAGGUGUUGUUCUGGGCUGCCAGAGACGCCACCAUCGACAACCCACACCGCAGCGGCGAGGUCAAAAUCACUAACGAUGUUGUGUGUGCACUUGUGGGGGCUGUGCUUUUACAGAAGGGCGAGGCGGUUGCACAGACGUUUAUUCAGGAAAAGUAUUUAACCGGCGAGCACUCCCUCCUUGCGUACGGGUCUAAGUGUGUUGCGGCACUCCUGAAACACCAGGAGUUGCAGAGCUAAGAGGGUCGAACUGUAUAUAGAUUGUUUGUAAAUAUAUGGGCGAGAGCGGAUGCGUAGCUCGAGCUAAGA